AGUGCCUAAACAAACAAAGUUCCGUUCGGUUCGUUGUUAAAGUGCUAACGUGUCGCCGCGCGGGGACGUGAAACGUUGAUCUCGACGUGUGAACGUGUUAUUAAACUGAACACCUGUGACAGGUACGAGCUCUUCAGUCCGCGGUGACCGAGGCGAGUCAGCGCGGGAAGCGAUGACAUUGACCCCAGAGAACAGUGAUGGCUGACAGACCCACAGGAGAGGAGGUCAGCUUCCCGCCCUACGUUGACAGCUGUGUCAGAUGACGGAGUCUUGUUGCUGUUGGUAACCGACUCACGAGGAGCUGAAACGAUGGUUUUCCUGUCGGUCGGUCUUUUCCGGAGCGGCCGCUUCUGUUCUCACCUGACGCGACACGAGCAGGUGUGUGCACGCGCCGGCUUCACCCUGAAGAAGACGCAGUCCGUGUCCUGUGAGAUCAGCGGUCACAGAGCUGGGAACUCCCUCCACCUCAGAGCCGCUCCCUCUGCACCACGUCUGUUGUUCUGCGGCCGUGGACCGAAGCCGUGUCUCCAGAUCUGCCCCAAAACCGCUUCACCUCUGCGCUCCGGUCCGGUCCAGACCCGGUGCCUCCACACCUCGGCCCCCCUGAGGGCCCUGCCUGCUCCCCUCAUAUGGAUCGUGCUGAAGCCUCUGCAGAAGCUCAUGGCUAUGAUACUGGGCAGGAGUAUAAGGAAGUGGUGGGUGGCUCUACCAGACAACCGCCGGCAGCUCAUGCGUCAGUGGGCCUGGCAGCGCCGCUGGCCUCUGGCAGCAGGGGCAGGUGUUGCUAUGGUGAUCGCAGCUCUCCUUCUCCUGACCCACCUGGAUGAGUCCCCGGUGACGGGACGGACACGCCUCCUGGUGUUCAGCAGAGAGAACUACAUGGAGCUGGCUGCUCUGACAUCACAGGCUUACAUGGAGGAGUUUGCAGAGCUGCUGGUUCCUGUCACUGACCCCCGGCACAAGGUGGUGGAGCGGGUGGUGCAGCAUCUGGCUCAGAGGAACAAGGACAUCCCUGAAGUGUCCGAUGUCACAUGGAGCGUCCAUGUGGUGCAAAGUCCCAACGUCAACGCCUUCGUCCUCGCGAACGGGAAAGUGUUCAUGUUUACGGGGAUGCUGGACGCUGUGGCCGACAUCCACCAGCUCACCUUCGUCCUGGGACACGAGAUGGCUCAUGCGUUACUGGGACACUCUGCUGAAGAGGCCAGUCUGUCUCACGUCGUGGACCUCCUGUCCCUUAUUCUGCUGACGGCCAUCUGGGCCGUGUGUCCUAGAGACAGCCUGGCGCUGCUGGGACAUUGGGUACAGGACAAGCUCACCAAGCUGAUGUUCAGCCGACCCUACAGUCGCAAACUUGAGGCCGAGGCCGACAGAGUCGGACUGCAGUUGGCUGCUAAGGCGUGUGCAGAUGUGCGAGCGAGCCCCGUUUUCUGGCAGCAAAUGGAGCUGAGAGAGCAGCUGACGGGAGAGCCCGCCCUCCCCGAGUGGCUGUCCACACACCCGUCACACAGGAACAGGUUCACUCAGCUGGACGGCCUCAUACCACAGGCUCUGGAGUUGAGGGAAAGUUGCGUCUGUCCUGCUCUACCUGCUGCUGACCCUCGUGUUGUCUUCUCCAAGAGCGUCCAGGUGUUGCUGCAGAACGCCAAGGACCAGGGGAGAGGAGGGUCACAGGUGGCGAGCAAGCCCCACCUGCCCCACAGCCCCGCCUCACUCCCCACUCCGCUGCCUGCAGCUCUGCUCGCCCAGACUGCACCUCCUCCUUCCCCAAGCGUGGAUCAAGAGAGCGGCGGUCCAGUCCCGGAUGUAGCUUCAGCCCCCGUCCCCGCUCCCACUGAGGGCGUGGGACCACAGGUCGGGGUGCAGACCAGCUGACGGGGGCGUUGAAUCCUCACAAACUUGUGCAGCUUUUCACUGACUGGACCGGACUGUUCACUGCUGCUGAAAUACGUUAAAUCAUUGACGUGUCGGGGCUCUGAGGUCGGUGCACAGGUGGUAAAUGGGUUGAUUCCUGACGCUGCUCUCCUACUGGUUGUUCAGGGUGCCAGCAAAAUGGAGGGUGGAGCUCGGGGUGAUGGUGUGAAAAGGAGCGGCUGGUGGUCAUUUUAAAUCAGGAGUCAACGCCCUCCUGACCUUUUCCUCUACUGCAACACCCUGAUGACGAACUUCAGAGAAUGUUUUCCAUGGCCAGUGACUGCAAAGAUGCCACAUUAAUUAGAUAACCUCCAACAGGGAAAUGCUGAAUUAAUUAGUAAAGCUUCCAUACAUUGCAAGAUUAAUAUGUGCAUUAUUCAUCGACAUGCGGCAGCAGAUGAGAGGAAGUGUGUGUGUGUUGGAGGGUGUGUCCAUGACGGGCGGAGGACAUCUACAUUCUCAUUAUGACUACUACUUUCUCAUGCCACACACACACACACACACACACACACACACACACACACACACACAUCCUCCAGCCUGAGGGACAUAAUUGUGUGAAUUUAUGCCGUGUUGUUUACAGGUUUUAAAACAGCCUUCUGCACAGGAAUGCCAAUAUCCUCCGUCAAGCUCUGAGAAAUCUUUCAUGGGAUUUUGUAAAAUCUUAUUUAACAGGGCAAGUUGACUGAGAAAACAUUCUUAUUUACAGCAGCAACAGCUUGCAGGAGCAGCCACACAAUGAGGGGGGGCGGUUAUGGUUCAUAUCUUGGUAAUCUUUUGUGUGUGUGUGUGUGUGUGUGUGUGUGUGUACUGGUACAAACACACCUGGUUGUGUUGUGAAAUCAAAAAGCUACUCCUGUGUUUUCAUUUGGGAUAAAUGAUUUUAUUUGUGUCGUGCUGAAGCUGUAUCAGCUGGAAGCUUUGUGUUCCUGCAAACAGGGAAGGUUUAUAUUAGAGUGCGUCUGCUGCAUUAGAGUAAGUGGCCAGUGAUUGGUUUUGUGCAAAACAGUGCAAUGAAAAGCCAAAGUAAUAUUGGUUUUUCAUAUCAGCAUCUCAGCAGAAAUGUGCUCAGUUUGCAAGUGGCAGGUAAAAAAAAUAAAAACUU